UCUCGAUCUCUCAACUUGUCAACUUUGCCCACUCCAGCGCAGACGACGACAGUUGACGGCGCGGCGACCCUCCUUCUUUUUCGAGUGACCAUGCCCAAGCAGUGGUUCCUCGCCGCGUCCGCCGCGCACGGCGCGACGGCCCACCCCGCCUCCCCCACCCCGGGCGAGCCAAAGUGCUCGUGGCCCCCCGUCGUCCUCGACCCCUCGCGUGACUUUGACUUCUCCGAGUGCUUCGAGCUCGCUGUUCUCCUCCCAGCCCCGCUGAUCUUGACCUCGCUCGUCGCAGGCUUCCAGAUCAUCCGGCGCCGCCAGAGGCUGCGCCGCACCGGCGAGGGCAGCCUUGACUGGGUCACGCGCGGCUCGCGCAACGAGCGUGUCGCGCGCACCAAGACCUUCCUCCUCGCCUUUUCUGCCGUCCUCGCCGCCGCUGCUGCCGGACUAGCUGCCGUCCAUCUUACAGCUAGCCCCUACGCAUUCGUCCAUUUCUCUCUCCUCGCACUUACGUACGCACUCCUCUCCUCCCUCGUCUGGCUCAACCACCACACCUCCCGCACCUCCAGCACUCUUACGCUUCUCUUCUUCCCUCUCUAUGCCCUCGUUACAGCUGUUUGCGUACGCACCGCCGUGCUUACUGGCGCAUUGAGCGGCGAGCACACCCUCGGCGGGCGCUUGCUAAUCGCACGCGAAAGCCUGUGGUUUGCUUCCAUCGGAAUCGGCGCCAUCGCCUUCGUCUUAGAGCUCUACUCCCCCGAGACGCACUGGAGCGGGUGGCGCACGCUCCUUGGUAACGGCAAGAUUCGCCUCGAGGACGAGGAGGACGAGGCCGCGCCUCUCAUCAAGGACGACUAUGAGGCCGAGAGCCCAGUCGCUACCGCCAACAUCUACGAGCGGCUCACCUUCUCCUGGCUUACGCCGCUUCUCAGUCUUGGCACACGCAAGUUCCUCGGUGAAGAAGACAUGUGGGUUCUCCCGAGCGACGACAGCGCCGAGGCGCUCAGUGAGCGGCUCCAGCGCGCAUGGGACCAGGAGCUCGAGCUCGUCAAGGCUGGCAAGAAGAGCGAGCCGAGCCUCAAGCGGGCCAUCUUCAAGGCUUAUGGCGGACCGUACGUUAUCGCCGGCGUGAUGAAGGUCAUAUACGACCUCCUGUCCUUCUCGCAGCCCCAGCUCCUCCGCCUUCUCCUGCUGUUCGUCGGCAGCUACGGCACCGACCACCCGCUCCCGCCAACCGCCGGCUUCGGCGUCGCUAUUUCCAUGUUCAUCGUCGCGAACGUUGCAACUGCGUUGCUUCACCAGUACUUUGACAGGUGUUUCCAGACCACGAUGCGCGUAAAGACGGGUCUCAUUACUCUCAUUUACCGCAAGAGUCUCAAGCUGAGCCAGGGCGAACGCUCCGGCCGCACGUCGGGCGACAUCGUCAACCUCCAGUCUGUCGACGCUGUGCGCAUCGGCGACAUCGCGCAGUAUGGUCACAUCGCUUGGUCCGGCCCGUUCCAGAUUAUCCUCGCCUUCGUCCUUCUCUACCGCCUUGUGGGGUGGCAGGCCUUCGUCGGCGUCGGCGUCAUGGUGUUCUCCCUCCCUCUCAACACGUACCUCUCGCGCGUAAACAAGCGCCUCCAGCGCCAGCUCAUGAGCAUCAAGGACGUGCGCACGCGUCUGAUGAGCGAGAUCCUGAACAACAUCAAGAGCAUCAAGCUCUACGGCUGGGAGAAGGCGUUUGCCGACAAGGUCUUUGACGCACGCAACAACAUGGAGCUCACCAUGCUCAAGCGCAUCGGCAUCGUGCAGUCGUGCUCCAACUUCUUCUGGUCGACCACGCCGUUUUUCGUCGCCUUCGCGACCUUCUCGAGCUACGUCUUCACCUCGGACCGCCCCCUCACGCCCGACAUCAUAUUCCCUGCCCUGUCGCUGUUCACCCUCCUCGCCUUCCCGAUGAGCGUGUUCUCCAACAUCAUCAACAGCAUAAUCGAAGCGCUCGUCUCGGUCAACCGUAUUGAGAGCUUCCUGAGCGCGCCCGAGAUUGACCCCGCCGCCCGCAAGCUGAUCGAGGGCGAGCCCAAGGUCGGCGACGAGGUGGUGACCAUCAAGAACGGCGAGUUCCGCUGGGUUCACGACUCCCUCGAGCCCACGCUGCAGGACAUCGACGUUGGCGUCAAGAAGGGCGAGCUGCUCGCCGUCAUCGGGCGCGUGGGAGACGGCAAGUCUUCGCUCCUCGGCGCGAUGCUCGGCGAGAUGACCCGCUCCGAAGGCAGCGUCACUCUGAAGGGCGAGGUCGCGUACUUCUCGCAGAACUCAUGGAUUCUUAGCGCAACGGUCAAGGAUAAUAUUGUGUUUGGGCAUCGCUUCGACCCCGUCUUCUACGACAAGGUGUUGGACGCCUGCGCCUUGCGGUCUGACCUCGCCAUCCUUCCCGACGGACACAUGACGGAAGUGGGCGAGAAGGGUGUGUCCCUCUCGGGUGGGCAGAAGGCACGUAUUUGCCUUGCCCGCGCAUGUUACGCCCGCGCCGACAUCUACCUGCUUGACGACCCGCUCUCGGCGGUUGAUGCGCAUGUCGGACGGCACAUUUUCGACGCGGUGAUCGGUCCCAAUGGCCUGCUCAAGAACAAGGCCAGAAUCCUUUGCACCAACGCUGUCAAUGUCCUCCCUCAGGCCGACCAGAUCAUCAUGCUCCGCCGCGGUAUCAUUCUCGAGCGCAACAACUAUGCGAAUGCCAUGGCAGACCCAUCCAGCGAGCUGUACAAGCUUAUCACUGGCCUGGGGAAGCAGACUGCGCGCGGGGAGGAGAGCGGUGCGGCGACGCCGACUAUCGUUGCAUCCUCGGAAGAGGAGGACAGUGACGAGGCAGUCGACGCCGACGAGACGGACAGCAUCCGAAAGCGCCGCGCAGACCGGCGGGCCAGCACGGCUACGCGGCGCGCGUCGAUCCUCUCCCUGCGCCAGGCCAAGCGCGAGGCGCUCCGCGACCUCCGCGAGAGCGCCAAGCCCAAGGAGCACAGCGAAAAGGGCCAGGUUAAGCGCCAAAUCUACCGUCAGUACCUCAACGCGGCUUCGUGGUGGGGCGUGAUCAUCUUCGUCGGCUGCAUGGCCUCGUCGCAGGGCAUGGGCAUCCUGUCCACCUACAUCCUCAAGCUGUGGGGUGCCCUCAACGCUGCCGCCAAGGCCAAUGUCCAGGUCGCCAAGUACCUCCUCGCGUACGCGAUCACCGGCUUCUUGCAGGGCGCCCUGUCCGUGCUUGCCGUGGGCACGCUGCGCAUUUACUCGGGUCUGCGUGCGGCUAAGAUCAUGCACGACCUCAGUUUCGGGAGUCUCAUGCGCGCCCCGCUUUCCUUCUUCGAGCUCACUCCCACCGGCCGCAUCCUGAACUUGUUCACGCGCGACAUCUUCGUCAUCGACGAAGUCCUCGUCAUGGGUCUUGGCCAGUUCUGCCGCACUGUCACCCAGGUAUUCUCUGUCAUUGUCGUUAUCGGCUUCGGCGCGCCGCGCGUCCUCGUAGUUUUCAUCCCGCUCGGCUAUGUUUACCGCAUGGUGAUGAGGUACUACCUCGCAACGUCGCGCGAGCUGAAGCGUCUUGACGCAAUCUCACGCUCGCCCAUCUUCUCCUUCUUCGGCGAGACCCUCGCUGGCCUCCCAGUCAUCCGCGCGUACAACCAGCGCCCCCGGUUCAUCGCGAACAACGAGGCGCGCGUCGACCGCAACCAGGCAUGCUACCAGCCCGCGAUGUGCAUCAAUCGCUGGCUGGCCGUGCGCCUCGAGUUCCUCGGGUCGUGCCUGAUGUUCUCGUCGGCCCUUGCGUCCGUCGCGAUGACAGUCUACGCGACCGGCUCGAUCGACUCGGGCCUUGUCGGCUGGCUCAUGACGUACACCAUUUCCGUCACUGGGUCGCUCAACUGGCUCGUGCGCACUGCAUCCGAGGUCGAGCAGAACAUUGUCUCCGUGGAGCGCGUCCUUGGCUACGCGAGCCUUGUCGCCGAGGCCGCCGAGGAGGUACCGGAGAACAAGCCGCCUGCAUCCUGGCCGCAGCGUGGUGAGAUCGAGUUCGACGCCUUCUCUAUGCGCUACCGCCCCGAGCUUCCGCUCUGCCUCAACAAGGUGUGCGUGAAGAUUAGCGGCGGUGAGCGUGUCGGCAUCGUCGGCCGCACGGGUGCAGGCAAGUCGUCCCUCACGCUCGGCCUCUUCCGUAUCCUCGAGGCAGCUGGCGGGCGUAUUCUGAUCGACGGAAUCGACAUUGCCACCAUUGGCCUCCGUGAUCUCCGCUCGGUGGUCUCCAUCAUCCCGCAGGACCCGCAGCUUUUCGAGGGCAGCCUGCGUAACAACAUCGACCCAACGAACAAGGCAAGCGACGCGGCGAUCUGGCAGGCCCUCGAGCAGGCCCACCUGAAGGACCAUGUCAUGGCGAACAUGGGCGGCAGUCUCGACGCUGAGAUCUCUGAGGGCGGGUCGAACCUGUCCGCUGGACAGCGGCAGCUCGUGUGCUUCGCCCGUGCUCUGCUUCGCAAGACCAAAAUCCUCGUGCUGGACGAGGCCACGUCCAGCAUCGACCUCGAGACGGACGAGGCUGUGCAGGACAUUCUUCGCGGCCCCGACUUUGCGGGCGUGACCACGCUCACCAUCGCGCACCGCAUCAACACGAUCAUGGACUCUGACAAGGUGCUCGUCAUGGACCAGGGCACUGUUGCAGAGUACGACAGCCCGGCCACCCUCCUCUCCAACCCCGACAGCAUCUUCGCGGGCCUGGUCAACGAGGCCGGGUUGGGCAGCAGUGUACCCCCCUCGCGCGCCACCAGCAGGCCGGCGAGCGUUAAGGGCGGCGCGUAACGGCAUUGCACCAUAGGUUAGAGAUCGUAUUCCAAGCACAUGCAUUAGGUUCCAG